AUGGCCGACGUUGCAAACCUCGAAGCCGCCUUUGAGCGCACCACCAUCAACGAUGAGAACGAUGACCAGGUCGCAUCCACGACCACCACUACGACCUACCACAAGGCAAAGUCUUCGGCAACCACAUCCGGCCUGUCGUCGUCACAAUCAGCUGCAAACCGCAUGAAGCUGCCCCAUCAGAUUCCAUUACAGAAGCUUGCCACACAAAACGCAAAGACGGCGAACAUCGCCAAGGUCACCAUCACAGCAAGCACCAGCCGCCCCUCAGAACAAAACCCCUCUCACCGCCGCACCCUUACCGAGUCAGCCAUCUACACCGCUCCUUCAAACCCUGCACAACCCAAACAAUGGCAUCUGGGCAUGUUCGAAAUCGGCAAGCCCCUUGGAAAGGGAAAGUUUGGUCGCGUCUACCUCGCCAAGGAACGGUCGUCAGGCUUUGUGUGCGCUUUGAAGGUCCUCCACAAGUCCGAGCUCCAACAAGGCAAAGUCGAGAAGCAGGUCCGCCGAGAGAUUGAGAUCCAAUCACACCUCACCCACCCCAACAUCCUCAAGCUGUUUGGUCACUUCCACGACGCAAAGCGCAUCUUCCUCAUUCUCGAGUUUGCCGGCAAGGGAGAGCUCUACAAGCACCUCCGCAAGGAACAACGCUUCCCAGAAUGGAAAGCAGCACAAUACAUUGCCCAAAUGGCCGCAGCGCUCAAGUACCUCCACAAGAAGCACGUCAUGCACCGCGACAUCAAGCCCGAGAACAUCCUCGUAGGCAUUCACGGCGAGAUCAAGAUUUCUGACUUUGGUUGGUCGGUUCACGCACCCAACAACCGCCGAAACACCAUGUGCGGAACUCUCGACUACCUGCCCCCGGAGAUGCUUCGCGGUGGCGGCAAGGACAACUACUACUCCGAGAAGGUUGACCUGUGGAGUUUGGGUGUCUUGACAUAUGAGUUCUUGGUCGGCGAAGCGCCUUUUGAGGACACACAAGUCAUGACACAGCGCAAGAUUGCGAGGGGAGAGUACACAGUCCCAAGCUUUGUCAGCGCAGAAGCACGGGAUCUCAUCAAGAGACUCCUGGUACUUGACCCUGAGAAGCGUAUCGCGCUCGAGGAUGUUGAGGUACACCCGUGGAUCGUGAAGCACUGCAAGGGCAGCCCACGAGCUUACGAGCGUACCUCUGGGGGCAAGAUCCGCAGCAGCUCAGAGCAAUCUGAGGAGAGCUACUAG